AUGGCGUACGUGGAUCACGCGUUCUCGAUAUCAGACGAGGACAUAAUGAUGGAGUCCUCGUACAUCGACAACCGCCCCCCGAUCAAGGAGAUCGCCCUCGCCGUCUCGCUCCUCGUCUUCGGCGCCCUCGGGAUCGUGCUCGGCGUCGCCAUGGCCGUCAAUAGAGUCGGCGGGGACCGAGCUCACGGGAUAUUUUUUGCUAUACUUGGUGGGAUUCUAUUCCUUCCCGGGUUCUAUUACACAAGGAUUGCGUACUAUGCUUACAAGGGUUACAAAGGUUUCUCCUUUGCCAAUAUACCUGCAGUUUAG